AUGAACUGGACAUUUAUGGCUUGUUUUUAUUCUGGACUUGCUGCUAGUAACUGUCAUGUCAUUUGGGAUCCUUGUGGUGGGCCGUGGCUUCGCGAUUUCAAAUCUGAUGCUGAUCAAGGUGGAUUUGGAGAGGUUGCAAGGGCAGCAUUUAUGUUGUGGAGUAACAGUGAUAAGCUUAAAAAAAUUAUUAUACACAGUCAUAAGGAUGCCUUUGCGGUGGACGUCGAUCUGUUCGAAAAAUAUUCCAAUAAAAUUAAAAGGCUGAAUCAGCAGGACAAAGUGCCAAAAACGCUGGACUUUUCGAAUUACGACGUAAAAGCGGUAGCAACAUUUGUGGAUUAUAUGGCAACCGGUGGUCGUACGAAAACCCGUAUUACAACAUCCAUUCUCGGCGACCUAAUGGAGAUCGCACGUGUGCUGGAGAUGAAACAAUUGUAUGAGAAGAUCGAGGAAUUUAUAUUAGUAUCGGCGGUCAAAAGUCCACAGUUUCUGAUGCACGCGCUGACGAUGAUCAGCAAAGAGAUGCUGCUGAACACAUCGCUUGGAGGCAAAGUUAUUGAUAUAGCGGUCAGCGAAUUCCCUCGUAUCGCCAAAAGCUCCCCAUUCAGCGAGGUUCCACUGGACGUUGUUCUCCGUAUUCUCGAUCGUUGCGAUCUGAAUCUUGAGACGGAAUAUGACGUUGUAGAAGCAGCAAUAUCAUGGCUGACCGCUAAGCCGGAUCGAGUGCACAGCUCAUAUCUGGUGCUCAGCUGUAUCCGUAUUAUUAAUUUGACACCGGAGCAACGUGUCGACCUUCACUCGCUCAUUAGCACCAUGCCCAAUUACGCCCGAACUGUUAUGGCAUUUGCUCAUUACGCCUUCAAUAACACCAAUUCGCAUCGGGUGUGUGUUCUUGCUGAACAUGCUUCCUACAAACGAUGUGGCAACAGAGGAGGCAACAAUGAAUUCACGUAA